AUGGGCCUCUUGUAUCUCGGCACUCCUUUGCCUUGGGAUGAAGCUAAAAAAUAUGCUGACCAUGUGCGAACCCAUGGAAUCACUCAGUUCCUUCAUAUUUGGGAUCGAUUGAAGGACAGAACUGGCGACGAGCUACUAUGGGGCGAUGAGAUCGAAUAUAUGGUGGUAGCCUUCGAUGAACAAGAAAAGAGUGCAAAACUCUCAUUGAGGCAAACGGAAAUUCUCGCAAAACUCAGUGAUAUAGUCCAUGACAUUUCUGCUGGCUUACGUUACGAGGUCGACACAUUGAUGUUAUUAACAGAUCAUUUCAGCGUCGCUGUGCCGAACUUCCACCCAGAGUAUGGACGAUACAUGCUUGAGUCUACCCCAGGUUCUCCCUACACUGGCUAUAUUCAAGAUCUCUUGUCGGUUGAGUGCAAUAUGCGAUACAGACGAGCUCUUGCUCGUAAACAUCUCAAGCCGAAUGAAAUACCUUUGACCUUUACUUCGUUUCCUCUUUUGGGUGUGCAAGGUCACUUUACGGAACCAUAUUUCAAUCCAAACGAUGCUGUUUCAAGUCAUAGCUUUUUUUUACCCGAAGAAAUCACGAAUCCGCAUGCACGCUUCCCCACCCUUACGGCCAAUAUCAGGAGUCGAAGAGGUUCCAAGGUUGCAAUCAAUUUACCAAUUUUUUUCGACGAGAAGACCCCUCGUCCAUUUGUCGACCCAACGAUUCCCUGGGACCGCAACAUUUACAAAGAAGAUUCAGAUGCGAAGAAUGGUGCAGCCCUCCCCGAUCACAUUUAUCUUGACGCGAUGGGCUUUGGAAUGGGAUGUUGCUGCCUUCAACUCACUUUCCAGGCAUGCAAUGUUUCUGACGCCAGGCGCCUGUAUGAUGGUUUGAUUCCUAUUGGCCCUAUCUUGCUGGCGUUGACGGGGGCCAGCCCUAUAUGGCGUGGGUACCUCGCUGAUGUGGAUUGUCGAUGGAACGUUAUUGCCGGCAGUGUCGAUGAUCGCACGGAGGAAGAGCGUGGCUUGAAGGUGAUUCCAAAGUCUCGUUACGACAGCGUUGAUCUGUACAUCUCAAACGAUGGAUUCAACCGACCCGAGUAUAACGAUAACUAUUUGCCGUACGACGAAUCUAUUUACGACCGCCUGCGCGCACAUGGAAUCGAUGAUUUGCUCUCAAAGCACAUGUCGCACCUCUUCAUACGCGACCCUCUUGUCGUUUUCUCAGAAACAAUCAACCAAGAUGACACGUCCAGCAGUGAUCAUUUUGAGAAUAUACAAUCAACCAACUGGCAGACUCUCCGAUUCAAACCCCCUCCGCCCAACUCACCGAUUGGCUGGCGUGUUGAAUUUCGUAGCAUGGAGGUUCAAAUAACGGAUUUCGAGAAUGCCGCUUUCGCUGUAUUUGUUGUGCUGCUUUCACGCGCUAUCCUUAGUUUCAAUCUUAAUCUCUACAUUCCAAUAUCGAAGGUCGACGAGAAUAUGGCCACGGCUCAGCGUAGGGACGCCGCUGCGAAAGCGAAGUUCCAUUUUAGAAAAGACGUAUACCCACCCGGCCGAAGUGGAGCGUCAAGCGAGGAGUAUGAGGAAAUGAGCAUGGACGAAAUCAUCAAUGGCAAGGGGGACAAUUUCCCAGGACUCCUGCGACUUAUUUAUGCCUAUAUUGACACGUUAGAUAUCGAGCCGCGAGAGUUGGCAAAGGUAGGGAGUUAUCUAGAUCUCAUUAGACGGCGGGCCAACGGAUCUCUCAUAACUCCUGCAACUUGGAUCAGAAAUUUCGUACGGUCGCACCCGACUUAUAAACACGACUCGGUUGUUUCACAGGAAAUUAAUUACGAUCUAUUGCUGGCCAUAGAUGAAAUGUGA